AUGAAGAGGAUGCGAGAGCCUUCUAAAAGAAAGUCGAAGAAGAAGACUUUGAAGUUGGGAGAACCAUCUACAACCAGCACGCCUACGCCUUUGGACUCUCCUAUCUCAAGUAAGUCUCAACCCUCUGAAACACCUACUUUGAAAUUAAGACAACUAUCUUCCUCCCCGCCUCUACAAGCUUCCACGUAUACCCCCUCUAAACCCACAACCUCCACCUCAAAUCCCUCUGAAUCUCAUCACUCUAACUCACCCUCACAUCCCCUCCAAACUUUUAAUCUCACCACCACAACACUACCUAUCUCUAAGGCCUUACUCUUCAAUGCACCCAUAUCACCACCUUCUUCAAUUCCCUCCUCUCCACCUUACUAUGACGUAUCUUCUGAUUCUGACCAUCCAAAACCAUAUGAUCCUCAAUCCCCGACGCUUGCUCAACUCCAAUCCCACGCUCUCUCUGACCCAAACCCAUUUGAUCCAGAAACCUACAUCCCUUCCCCAUCUAAACCCCAACCCGAACAACCAUCUGAACCUCAAACAGAACCACCCAACAAAUUUGUGUCUGAACCCCAAACUACCCAAACAUCUGACUCUCCCACUGAAACCAACCCGAUCCCUCCAGAAACUAUCCUUCCUGCCUCUGACCCAGAACCAACUCUCCUCACCCUGGAAGAGGCAGUUGCCUUAUUUGCUGAGUCUUCAGUGGAGAAGAUUAGAUCACUAUCUACAAACUCUAAACUAAGUGAUAAUCCCUCUGAAGUGAGGAUUCACUAG